AUGUCAAACUUGAACGAGCCGUUUUACAUCCGCUACUACUCGGGCCAUCAAGGUCGCUUCGGCCACGAGUUCCUCGAGUUCGAUUUUCGAGUUGUCGGGGAUGGACGUAGCGCCACUGCGCGCUACGCCAACAACUCUAACUACCGGAAUGAUAGUCUGAUUCGGAAAGAGAUGUUUGUGAGCUCCUUGGUUGUCGAUGAGAUCAAGAGAAUCGUGAAGGAAAGCGAGAUAUUGAAGGAGGAUGACGCAAAAUGGCCGACUAAGAACAAGGACGGGAGGCAGGAGUUGGAGAUUCGGGUUGGAAAUGAUCACAUCUCUUUCGAGACGGCGAAGAUUGGUUCGAUCAACGACGUGACGGAGUCUGCGGAUCCGGAAGGUCUCCGUGUCUUCUACUACCUUGUGCAAGAUCUCAAGGCGUUGGUUUUCAGCCUCAUCGCUCUUCACUUCAAGAUUAAGCCAAUCUGA